AUGAGAGUGGUAAAUUUAAAUCUUAAUGACAGCAGUGCUUUAGUUAUUGAUGAAGUGGUCGUUUUUUGGAAAAAAGCAAGAAUCCCAGUUCAAAACCGUUCAAACUGUAUUUUGAAAUUAAAAUCUUUGUACGAUAAUGUCAGAAAUUUAGAAAAAUCUAAAAAUAGAGAUACUGAACGGCAGAGAGAAAAAGAAAAUGAUUUUAAAGAAGCUUUAGACAACCUUUUCGAUAUUGCCACCUUAAAUGCGUUAAAUGAGAUUAAAAUCGCCGAAGAUAGAGAAUUUUUAAUUAAGCAAAGGGAGAAAGGUAGAGUAGGUUGUAUGUUGGGAGUAGAUAUCAAAUUAUUACGUAAGGAAAAGCGGAAAGAAGAACGCACAGCUGCAGAGUUGAAAAGAAAAGAAGAUUUGUUGGAAAAUUCUAGUUGUUCGAUUGGACAUUUUGAAAUGGAAGAUAAAGAACACGAAGAUUCACAGAAAAAAGUGAUAAAUCAAGACAACAGUGAAGAUGACAUAUAUUUCAUAUCGGAAUCUCAACAGGGUCCAUCUUCAAACAAGAGAGGACGAAAGACGUUAAUGACACCUCGCCUGGCCGCUGCCUUGGACAAAUGUAAAGUGAGUGACAGGGAUGCAAUGCACAUUAUUUCUGCCGUCCUAGAAGCUCUUAAUAUAGAUAUCACCGAGUUUGUUCUCAAUAGAUCGUCUAUCAAAAGAAAUAGAGAGAUUUUGCGGAAAAUAAAAUAUUCAUCAAUAAAAUCGGUAGGAAAUGAUGCAAAUUUUAUUGAAGUGCAUUGGGAUUCCAAAUUAUUGCCUGAUAUCACAAAAAAUGAGAAAAUUGAUCGGCUUCCUGUGAUCGCGGUUGGUUUAGAUUUUGAACAAUUAUUAGGAGUACCUGGAAUUGCAUCAUCAGCAGGAUCGGAAGUUUGCUCUGCUGUGUUCCAUAUCACUGAUGAAUGGAAUUUAACCGAAAAAAUUCAAGCCUUUUGUUUUGAUACUACAGCAUCAAACACUGGACGUAUAAAAGGAGCUGCAGUUCUGCUUCAACAAAGGUUAGGGCGAGAUAUUUUGUGGCUUCCAUGCCGACACCAUAUAUUUGAGGUCGUUUUGGCUGGUGUAUUCACGAGGACAAAAGCAAUUGUAACAUCCGGCCCUGAAAUUGCUCAAUUCAAAGCACUUAAAGAAAACUGGAAGAAUAUUGAUAAAAUGAAAUUUUUAGAUUAUACCAGCGAUGAAGCCGUUUAUAAUGCACUGAAAGAUGUAGCGCCCGAAAUUAUUUAUUUUGUGAAACAGAAACUUGCAGAAGAGCAACCACGUGAUGACUACAAAGAGUUUUUGCAAUUGACGCUCAUUUUUUUGGGAGAUAAAACAAAUGUGAGUUUUAGGGCCCCCGGUGCAUAUCAUUUAGCGAGAUGGAUGGCUAAAGCGAUUUAUUGUUUAAAACUUUUUUUAUUUCGCGAUCAAAUGAAAAUGAGAAAGGAUAAUUCCAAACUGAAUGCAGAAAUUUGCGUUUUCGUUGUAUACUGUUAUGUAGAGGCCUGGUUUUCAGCAACGAAUACUACAGGAGCUCCCCUAAAUGAUAUAUAUUUUUUGAGAAAAUUGGUUAUAUUUAAAAAUAUUAAUGAAAACAUUGCAACCAUUGCAAUAACAAAAUUUUUAAACCAUUUAUGGUAUCUAAGUGAAGAGUGUGCUGCCAUGGCAAUAUUUGACGAUAGAAUUGAGAGAGUUGAAAAAAUUAGAAUGGCUCAAAAAAUUAUGGAAUGUGCAAGUAAAAACAUAGAGACUGUGAAUGAAAAAGAAGAAGAAAAUGAAGAGACAGAAGUCAUUGAGAAAAAACUAUCGUUGCAAAUCCGAGAUGUCCAAAAUUUUGUUCAAAAAGAUCUACCAACUGAAUUAUUGUCCGCCAAUUCACUUCAGUUAUUUAAACGAUUCGGUAUUUGUGUUGAAUUUCUUCAGGACGAUCCGCUGAAUUGGGAAAACAGAGAGGAUUAUCGCACAGGAAAAAAUAUCAUUUCAACCUUAAAAUGUACAAAUGAUAUUGCAGAAAGAGGAGUCAAGUUGAUUGAGGAUUACAAUGAAAAAAUGACGAAAAAUGAACAUCAAAAACAAUUUUUGAUACAGGUUGUUCAGGAGUACCGGAGAGAGUUCCCAGUCGCCACAAAAGGAGGCUUACUUAAAUCCAAAAUAUGUAUCUGAAGUGGAUGUAUCAUUUCAAUAAAUAAAAAAUAUAGUAUUAGGAUAAACUAUA